AUGAGCAGUGAGGGUGUGGUUGUGUGUGGGCGUGUGAACGCAUGUAUAUUUAACCCCAUCUUUCUCUCUCUGUGUGUUUCUCAGCGUGUCGGCCUUGGAGAUGAGAAUCACGCCAACUCGGAACGAUCCCCUCUCUUUGUGCAGUUCAUCGACUGUGUGUGGCAGAUGAUGAAACAGGUCAGCUACUGAUGCUUUACACCACAACACUGUUGAAUUCUCCAAUCUGAUUGGUCAGAAGGCGUUGGAGACAUUUCUGUAACAGCAAGAUUCUGAUUCCAGCUGCAAGGGAAAUUACAGCUUUAUAGUGAUGUUCUCGUUCCUAUAGUAACAGCUCAUUCACAGGGUCUAGUAUGGCGUACGCAAUACAUAUUCUAAGCUUAAUCGUAAACAUAUUAUAAACAUGUCACUUAAAGAAAAAGACGUAUGAUCAUUGUGAUCUAGUUAAGAUUUAUAAGUUAUCUAUUUAUGGAAGUUUUAUGGAAGUAGUCUCCAGUGUCACGGCAGAGAGGACAUUGCACUUUCCAGUUUCUCAGUAACAUUGCAAGUCUUAUUAAUUUCAAGAGUUAGGGGGAAAGAGAGGCUUGUGAGGGAACUAUUGUUUUAUUUUAAUGUUAUAAAGUAAGAGAUCAUAAUGAGAACUAGCUCUCUUUUCCAGGACAUUCCAAAUUGUUCUUUGGCUAUGCCCCAUGUUUGUGCAAUGGUUCAGACCGGUUUUUCCUCUUUUCGCAGCUUCAAAAUGGCUUGCUUUUCUCCCAUAGACAGCUCUCUGGUCUUAUUGUCGGUUUAUUCUUUUUAACAACAAAUGCUGUCUCCACAGGUGAAACCCAGGGCUCAAACCAAGAGAAGACAUUCAGAGCUAUUCAUUCUUUAAAGUCCAUUUAACAAGUUUCCUUCUGCUUCUGAGUUCAAAGAGCUUUUUCUCAUCCCCAUCCUGGAUCGCCCCUACAGCUGCCUGUUUGGUACAUUCCUCUACAGCAGUGAGCAGGAGAGAAUGGAAAAGGAAGUACAGGGUAAAACGGUCACUAUGGUCCUACGUUAACAGUCAGCCGGAGGACUUCACUAACCCGUUCUAUGUGGACUGUAAAAACCAGGUGCUGUAUCCACUGGCCAGUCUCACACAUCUGGAGCUCUGGGUGGGUUAUUAUGUGCGCUGGAACCCACGCAUGAGACCACAGAUGCCGCUCCAUCAGAAUCUGAGAGAGUUAUUGUUUUUGCGUGAAGAACGUGGAGGAGCUCCAGAGAGAGGCCACGUCAUCCUGCUCCAUCUCCUCAUCCUCAGAGCAUACUUCUCCCUCCUCACAUAGUGGAGGCGGUUCAGCUGGACGGAGAGAUCCUUUAUGCGCUGUGAAGCGAGUGUGUUCUGUGGCGUAUCGGCACCUGGACAAGCACAAGAUCGAGCCGGUGCUCUACAUGAUGGAGUGGUUCAUGUGCGCCUUCUCCAGAACUCUCCCCUGGGCCUCGGUCCUCAGAGUGUGGGACAUGUUCCUGUGUGACGGAGUGAAAAUGAUAUUCUGUGUGGGUUUGGUGGUGUUGACGUCCAUGCUGGGUACUCGGGAUAAGCUCAAGGCCUGUCCGGGUCAGUAUGAGACCAUGGAGGUCCUCAAAGCGAUUGAGCCUAGAUACAUGCAGGAGGGCUUCUUAGUGCUCCAGGUUCUGGAGUUGCAGGUAUCGGCACAGGACGUGGAACAUGAGCAACGCAUGCAGCUGAAGCGCUGGAAGAAGAAGUGCGGCGAGCCCGGCCCCAAACUCCCUCAGAGAAUGCACAGUGCUCGCACCAUCAUGGCCACCGAGCCUCAUACACACCAAGACCUCCGCCAGAAACCCACCAUUAUGGUCCAGUACCCAUCGGUCCCUGAGGAGAAGUCCGAGUCGAACCUCAGGAAGAAGAGAGGGAGCCUGAAGAAAAACCAAGCCCUCAUUCCGAACCCCUACGCGCUACCUGGCGAGUCUAAACCUGGUCAGAUAUUGGACAUACAGCUUCUGAACCAGGAAAAUCUAAAUCUUGUACUUCCAAAUCCACCAUCGCAUCCACCACGGCUCCCUACAAUGCAGGAAAAUCAGGUCAAAGAGACGAGCACUUCUACAGAGCGACUCGUGCAGCGUCCUCGAAUUCCUCCAUCGAUAAGAAACUGGCGGAAUCUAUCCCUCUGCAACAUCUAUCCCUCCUUACUGCUCCUGUACACGGAUCACCUUCAGCGUAGCGUCCUCACCUGCUGAAAUGUGCUCCUGUCCAAUCCAGAGAACCUGUCCAUGAUGAGCUCCCUAAUAAUACAGAAAACUCAGCCACCAUUUUGGAUCCAUCUACACACUCAAGCCCUCUGCUAACGCACAACGCACCUGCCACCCACGACUCGCCUGCCGCUCCCGAGUACAAAAAGAACACUCAUUGAUUUUUUUUUUGUUGUUGUGCGUGUUAAACAGUGUGAUACGUUGAGGAAUUGAUUAUUGGCACACGUCUACUGAAUAGCAAGGAUCGUUAAGUCUUUAACGUGUUAUAGUUUACACCGGAGGAACUGCAAACAAUCUGAGAAAGGGAGAAACCCGUCAGCUACUAGAGGGCACACUUGGUCCAAAAAUGUACACACACUCCACAAAAACUCUGCAGUGCCUGAGGACUGUUUACUCACUCCAGUCUUCAGAAGGGAAACUACCUACAGAUUCACUUUUGAAAGACUUUCACAGGCAUCACAAACAUUUGUUUAUAUUACACUCGUAUCAAUUUGGCAGGUUUUUUUCUUCUUAAUCCGAAGCAACCACCACUUCUUUGUGUUUGUAUUUCACAAAUUUCCUUACCACAUCUUACAAGAGCUGCACGACAAUCACAACAAUCCUGUACAAUAGGCACAGCCUUUUCAUUAACAUAACCUCAGUGAAAUAUCCUCUGUCUGUAUACUUUACACGCAAACAAAACAACUCAAGCUGAGAACUUUAUUGCUGAUUCACUUUAUACCACACCGCCUUCUAAUAUAGAUCUGAUCUAUAUUAUAUAUAUACGUGUACCUUAGAUAACGCCUCUCUGAACGCCAUGGUGGGACGUUCCCGAGCUGAAGUACUGUACAAGUCCUAAGCAUUAGAUCACCCCAAUUACUCUUGUAUACUCUUUCCAUACCAUCGUGAUCUUUGCCUGACGAAGCCAUACACAAAUCAUAAUUGACAUUUGGGGCCUAAUUCUAAAAUCACCACAUACCAAAUGCACAACCGUUUUGUCUUGCUGCCAUCACAAAAUAAUAAUGUUUAAACCUUAAGUAACAGGGUCACAGAGGGUGUAUAUAUUUUUCACACUACAUGAAGUUUGGGGAUCCUUAUAGACUGUGGAACAGAAAUGUACUCAGUGUGUCUCCACCGUUUUAUUUCAUAUUGGAGUACAACCAUUUUUCUUUUUUACCAUUAAGGAUGAAACACUUGUUUCUUUUAAAACACCAUCUUUAAAUGUUUUUCUACCUCCUAACUAAACCCUCGGACUUAAGACACGAUCUUUGGAGCUGUUGACGCCCUGCUCAGGGUUAAACAACAACGUCUUUACAUUACCUUCAUUAAUAAAUUGUCAAUCUAACCUCUUGUUUUUUUUUUGUUUUUUUUUGGAGCAAAAGUCAGGUCCUCUCUCAUUUCAACAGGUCCUCUUGUUGGUGAAUACACAGCAAUCUUCUAAGGGUAUUAGGAUUUCUCGGAGCAGACAUUGUAGCAGAUAGUUGCAGAGUUUCUUCUGUGUUUUAACCACAACGUCUUAACCAUUAUUUUAACACUGAGACACACGACUCCCUUUAAUUCGUUAACAAACACAUUUGUAAGAAUUCUGGUCAGCAGA